AUGGCCUACAGCUUGCUCCGGAAAAACACGGUCAAAUCCGUCCUACGCAGCGACUGUUUUAAAGUACAGGACCCGUGGAGUCUCGCACUGCUUACAAAACUCUGGUACAAGAACAUAGGACACAUACGAAUGCCUUUCUUGGAAGAGCUUUCAUUUAGAAAUUAUGUACACCUCAGGAAACACGGGACCACAAAGACCAGCCAGCUCCCCUCUGCAGAAUGCCUCAGAAUUGAGAGGGAGUAUGAAAUGAAACGCCAGAGUUACCUGAGAUCUCAGAAGCAGCUUGCUAAGCAAAUCGGUUCUUCCCUAAGGGGCAGCCCGGUGGGUUUCAGGAGACCCCUGCCGCCUUAG